AUGUUUUUGUAUUUCCUUUCCAAUGUUUUAUGUGCCACAAGCACAGUUCACCUUCUUAACACAAUUGACUUUGUUAGGAAUUGCCCAGAAGAAGAAACAUCUUACGUUUUCGAUUACAUGCAGCGCUCAGAUUUCAUUGUUGCUGUGGUUGAAGCUCCAGCAAACGUAAAAUUACAAUAUAGCUAUCCAGCCGGCACAUCACCAGUAGAUAUUAACAUGUCAUUCCCAGCAUUGAGAUUCCCAAAGGGUAAUGUUCAAAUUGUCGCUAACCUGACAAAGGACCAAUGCGUUACCCUUGCUCACGUUACACUUCCAACAGAUCAAAAUACAGCUUGCAUCAACGGUUUCAAGAUCAUCACAACACAAAAAAUGAACUACACAAUGCAAGCAGACGAAAAGAACAAAGAUACAUGCGUAUUCUAUGCUCCUGGUGCUCAAAAGCUCAUGAUUGGCGCUCAAGCUUAUCUUAAUGGAGACAAGAUGUACGUAUAUCGAGAUGAUAUGGUUUCAGGAAGUUACUAUGAUAUAUUCACUGGAACAAGAUCAGUAUACCCAUCACCAACAUCCCCACGCCCAUUUGUUUUCGAUCUUAAGACUCAAGAUUCCGAGCCUGGCCAUGUUACAAUUCUUGGUGAAGUUAAGGAUCCAUAUAAGAACAUGAUCGAAUACGAAGGAGAAGUCAAAUCCGUUCCUCCAGUUGAUUUCGGUUUAUUCAAUUCCAAAUACGCAAUUUUCCCAAUUCUCGGAAUGCUUCCAACCCUCCUUCUUAUCGGUGGUUGGGUCUAUGCCUUCUGCAGAAUCCUCAAGAAGAAGCCAAUUACAAUCAAUUAG